UGUGGAGAGUUAUUGUAAACACAAAAAAGAAAAAAUAAAAGAGAGUAGACAACAAUGGCAACGACGAAAUUCAAUUUAUUUAGAAUAAAGGAAAAGUCGAUUCGUGAGGACGACGGCCUGAACGGAUGGUCAGAGACGACGCAGAGAGUGCCGGCCGGUUUCUUCCUCUUCGCGGCUGUUUCGCAUCGCAGUCGCGAUUCGUGCGGCAACCGUGACGGCUCGUGUGCGAUAAAACGGUCAUAGUUUUUCCUCUCUUUCUCUUAUUUCUACGCGUAUCCCUUCGAGAAUCACGUGUGUACGAAAUCAAAUUGUAAAAAAGAAGAAGAAGAAAGGAGAAGAGGAAGAAGAUUACGUGGAUAUCAAAAUCAAUUCGAACGCAAAUAAGUUAAAUUCUUUUUUUUUUCGUACCUGUCCUACGUAUAUUUGACGAUUACGUGUGUGCAAGAUCAAUUAAAAGGAAAUAGAAGAAAAAUAACAGAGGAAUCCUCUCAGUUUUUAUAUGAUCUUAAACGAUUAAAUUCCAUUUAUUUUGCAGAAAAAUUAUGUUUGACUUCACAAUUGAAUGAAAUAAUGAGUGAAAUUAAACGUUCCACGUAAUCUACUUAAAAUUUUCAUAAAAAAGAAAAAAAGAAAGAAAGGGGAAAAAAAAGAAAGCGGAGAGAAAAAAAACAAUCAAAGAAUGUUCUUGAAAGAGAAACUAGAAAGAAAAAGGAAUUCGAUUUUAAUGGUAUGAUAGCCAAUAGAAACGAGAGAAAUAACGAUGGAGAGUACUCUGUCAGCGAAUUUAAUAGAGCCAACGAGUUCGGUUUACUCGACGCUGAAAGAAAAUAUUCUUCCGCAAUUGAAUGGUGAAUCGUGUUAUCAUAAUCAUACGACUUCAACGAUACUAACCGAAGAGAAUUAUUCGAUGGUAGCUCGAAGGGAUUCUUUAUACAUAGUGAUACCUGUCACGAUAAUCUAUGCAUCAAUAUUCAUUACUGGUACGAUCGGUAAUAUAAGUACAUGUAUAGUGAUUGCACGCAACAAGUCGAUGCACACAGCAACGAAUUAUUAUCUCUUUAGUUUAGCCGUAUCGGACUUGUUGCUUCUAAUAUCGGGUUUACCUGCUGAAAUUUAUUUGGUAUGGUGCAAGUAUUCCUAUAUUUUUGGCGAAGGAUUUUGUGUUAUACGUGGCUUGGCCGCAGAAACAUCGACAAAUGCCUCUGUAUUAACUAUCACGGCAUUCACCGUCGAAAGAUACGUUGCUAUUUGUCAUCCAUUUCUAUCACAGACUAUGUCAAAGUUAUCACGUGCUGUUAAAUUAAUCCUCGUAAUUUGGUUGGUUGCAUUAUCCUUUGCAUUACCUCAAGCCCUACAAUUUGGUGUCGUUCGUCAUGGAUCAAAACAAGAGAUAGUUAUGUGUACGGUGAAACGAAUUAUAAUAAAACAUUCCUUCGAGAUGUCGACUUUCCUCUUCUUUAUCGUACCCAUGAGUCUUAUCACUGUUCUAUAUAUUCUUAUUGGUCUCAAGUUAAGAAAAUCGAACAUGAUGAGAAGAAAACCUGGAAAUGGAGAGUCACAAAGAAGCUGCAGGCAUUAUCCUGGGAAAAAUUCCAGGAAAGUUCUUAAGAUGCUCGUUGCUGUUGUCGUCGCAUUCUUCAUCUGCUGGGCGCCAUUUCACGUUCAACGAUUGAUCGCCAUUUAUGGUACCAACAGCGAGGACCAUUUCACAUCUUACAGUAGAUGGAUAGAGUCUCUUUAUCUAUUGAUGACCUACGUGUCUGGAGUCCUGUAUUACGUCUCCACAACUAUCAAUCCGAUUCUUUAUAACAUCAUGUCGAAUAAAUUUCGAACGGCUUUCAUGGAAACGUUAUCGAAGAGCUGCAGGAUGUCUACUCUUAGACAAAAUCAGCGUUUUUACUCGAAUCUAUCCCGUUCGCAACAAAGGACAAUAGGUUCUAAAAUAGCAACAACAACGGGAACAGGCAUGGUGCAGGAUAGUACCGAGUGUUCUGGAAAUUCGGCACGGGAUGAUAGUCCACGUCGUUCUUUUCAAUCAUCGGCCAUCUUAGAAAAGCCAUUGGAACAAACAACGGAGUUGUACGUGAACGAGAAGACGAAACGAGAAACGAAAAAUUCGAAAAUGAUUAGAAUAGAAGAAAAAUGUUCUUCCUCUGAGAAUAAAUCGUACGAUGAUCGAUCUAAUAGCGAACUUAGACGAUCUGAAUCAACGAGAUAUACAAUUCUUAAGGUCACAAAAGUCGAUGGUCCAGAAAACAAAUGGCGACGUUUUUUUAAAUGGCUGCCUGGUUUGAAACAUUUAAAAUUUACACGUCGAAGGUCAAAUUAUUCAUUGUCACGUGACGACAACGCAUCGAAUGUUCACAAUGACAAUCACCAGUGCGAAUUUUCAAUGACGUUGUGGAAUAUACACGAGGGCAACGAGCAAGGAUCGUAGAAUGUAAAUACGCGUUCAAUAAAAAUUCACAUUCAUUUCCCGACUACAAAUUCUCAAUACGUAUAGAACAUUAAUAAUGAAACCCUGCAAAUAAAUAUCUCUAUAAUUUUGUUCUCUAAAAGAAGACUUGAGAAAAAUAAUAAACUUCAAUCGGUAUAAUGUCAAUUUUAAAUCUAAUAAUAAUAAUAAUAAUAUAAUUAAAAUCACUGAUAAUAAAUUAAUCUUGCGAAUGUUUUCUAAAGAAAUUCUGUAAAAGCAAAAAUUCUUGGAAUGACAAUUACUCGCUGUGAUAGUUAGAAAAUACGUGAUAAAGAUUUAUCAUUAGGUGUAGGAAUAUAAUAUAAAGAUAAAAAUGAAACAAUAUCUUAUCGAAAAGAUUAUUAACGCUAAUUAAUAACAUUUGAGAUAUGAUUUGUAAUGAACUUUAGUUUCAAUAUUCAAUAAUUGCGUCAUCGUUCUAAAGAUUGAGCAUUCUCGAACUAUGAACACGAAAUUAUAAUAAGUUUUUUUUUUUUAAUAGCUAA